AGCCCAGAGCGCGGUGAGCCGGCUACAGCCCCAGCGGGCCGAGCCCCAGAGCCGACCGAUCUCCCCGGCGCCCCGUCCGGCGCCGGGCCCCCCCCCGCGAUGCCCCGGGCCUGGGCCAGCUGAGCGCUGUCGGGGCCAGGAGCCGGAGGAGGAGGAGGAGUUGGGGGGGGCGGACCGGCCGCGGGGCUUGCGGCGGCAACGACAACAUGCGGGCGGGCGAGGAGCUGGACGGCUUCGAGGGCGAGGCCUCGAGCACCUCCAUGAUCUCCGGGGCCAGCAGCCCUUACCAGCCCACCACCGAGCCCGUCUCCCAGCUCCGCGGGCUGGCCGGCCUCCGCUGCGACCUGGACUACCUGCGCGGCGCGUUCGGCCGCCUCAAGGUCGCCCAAGUGGUUUUGGCACUGAUGGCAUUUGUCUGCAUAGAGACCAUCAUGGCGUGUUCCCCUUGCGAAGGCCUCUAUUUCUUUGAGUUUGUGAGCUGCAGUGCGUUUGUAGUUACUGGACUUUUGCUCCUCAUGUUCAGUCUCAAUCUGCACACAAGGAUACCCCAGAUCAACUGGAACCUGACAGAUUUGGUCAACACUGGACUCAGCACCUUCUUCUUCUUCAUUGCUUCUAUAGUGCUGGCUGCUUUAAACCAUAAAGCCGGAGCAGAGAUUGCUGCUGUGAUAUUUGGCUUCUUGGCGACAGCAGUGUAUGCCGUGAAUACAUUCUUAGCUGUGCAAAAGUGGAGAAUGAGCAUCCGUCAGCAGAACACCAAUGAUUACAUUCGUGCGCGAACAGAGUCAAGAGACGUGGACCCCCGUCCCGAGAUACAGCGUUUGGAUGCGUGAGAGGGAGCGUUCAAACAGGGCGGCCACAAAGGAGAGAAGUCCUCUUCCUCCUCCCCUCCACCACCUCCUCCUCCUCCUCCUUUUCUUCCUCUGUCUCGCCUCCUCAUCCUCCUCCUCUCCUCGUCCUCCCCUUCCUCUCCCUCCUCUCCCUCCUCCUCCUCCUCUUUCUUCCCCCUUUGCCUUCUGCCGUCUCCUGAUGUCAUUGCUCCCAUUCUUUCAUCAAGCCAGAUCCAUAUCACCGAGUAAAGUGUCAUCCUCUGGAAAAGAGCAACUCUCCAUGCCAUGGGCUGUUCAAAAAAACCCGGGCCCUGUCGCCCGAGGCCCCAGGCUGUGGAAGCCGCUGCUCUGGAGCAGUCCCAUGUGGUUCUGGGGCAUUUGGUCAGUUGCCCGCUGGCAGGCCAUUCACUGCUGCUUUGGGGGUUUUCCCGCCCUGCUCUCGACAGCAAAUGGCUUUCCCCUGAAACUACCUGGUGCUUCAGUGUUCACUGGGAAGGUGGGUGGAGAACUGCAUUCUGUUGGUCGAUGGGUUGGUUGGGGUAGGAAGCAAGGAGCUAAGUGGUACCGAGGGCAGCCCGUUGGGACCCAUUCCCCAGUGUUCCCCAGGCCAACCUGCAGCCCCUCCCCAGACUGCACAUGUCUUUCAACCCUGGGCAUUGUGGCAGAAGCCAGAGGCUGAAAUUGAGGGUCUUGGCAACCUGAGCUGAAGUGUCAGCCAAGACUUGAGGUGGGUAGUGGAGGGGGGCCUCUGCAGAGCUGAAGGCCUGAUGCUUUCUAGAGAAGAAGCACAGUGUGAAUCUGUUGUCCUUCCCAGGCCUUUAGUUCAGCGCAGCGUGUUCAGGAGGCGCUCAAUAGGCAGCCCUGCUACUGCUGCCAUGGGCUGGUCAAAGCAGUAAACUGAGAGGCAAGAGGGCUGUUCUCAUCCCUGGCUCCAGCAGGAAAUCACCAAGUCACCUUGAGCAAAUGACUUCUCGUUCUUGGUCCCAGGGCCUCCCCUUGGUAUAAUGAGAUUGAACGAUCAUUUUCACAUUCCUACCUCUCCUGGGUAUUGUGAGGAUAUAUGGGAAAGCAUCUGGAAAGCAACCUCCUCUCUUUAGGCAAGAGGAAUUCCUAAAGUCCAAAACACAAAUGAGCGUUGCUAAGCUAUGACCCCCGCUGACAACGGAGUAGCAUUUUGUGUGUGUGGUGUGUGCACGUGUGUGCAUGCACACGCCUGCACAUGAGCCUUUAAAUGCCCAAAAAGUCCAAUGCCCAAAUUCACAGAAUUUGGUUGAAGUUUGAGAAGAUUUGAGAAUUGGCAUAGCCCCCGAAGUUGAUCCUUGUGUGCUUUCCAAGGAGAUGUUUUAGAUUCCAGAAGUACAUGAGAGGACGCGCAUGGUAUGUGUGGACGGAUGUAUGUUUGGGGGGGGUGGGGGGCGUUUUUCCUUCUGCUUCAUGCCAGUUGAUGGGAAACCAAAUCUAGUCAUUUGGUGACUGACAACCGGACGGUCAUAUACCACACUACUCUCUUCCCCUGUACUGAAGAUGGAGGGGGAAGGACAUGCAAUUUGUCUUCUUAGGUUUUGCUUUUUGCAGUGUUUUAAUGUUUACAAACAGCUAUUUAGUUAGAAAAUUCUGAGAUAGCCCGCAUCGAGGGAACAGCCCUGCCGGGCGGAGGGGAACUUGAAUUUUGCAAUAACCUGCGCAGAGCCCCUGGGAUCAUGGUAGUACGUGUAUGUAUGUGUAUAUAUAUAUAUAUAUAUAUAUAUGUAUAUAUAUAUAUAUAUGUGUGUGUGUGCAUGUGUGCGUGUGUGUGUGUAUUCCAACAUACAUGUAUCUAAAAUGUGGCAUUUAGUUUUUUGCAGAUUUUAUUGAAUGUGUAGUAGUUCACACCAUGGGGUUCCCAAAUACCACCAUCAGUGUGCUGGAUUUUAAAUGAAAUGUGUGGCUAUACUGUAUUUGAAAAUGAAAUCUGAGCUAUGCUGUGCUGCCUUCAGAGUUAUAGAAGACAGUCUUGUUCCAGUGUCUAUUAGAGCUGUGAGUUGUUCUGAUCGAAUGAGUAAGGACCAAGUAGCCGCCCAAAUGGGGUGGUGGAAUCUGCGAGACCCAGUUUCUCUUUCUACUGGAGGGGCACGAAUUCCUUGCAAGAGGAGGUGGGGCCUUAGUGGACAACAGCCAGGACUGGUAACCAGAGCAGCCCCGGUUCCCAAUCCUGGCCCGGGAUGUGGGUGAUGCUGAAAGAGGAGUUGGCCAUUGAGAGUCGGUGGUCGGGGGAAUGGGAGGGAGGAGGUAGAAGACCUUAGACCUGUAGCCUUGGUCACAGCGCGUUCGGUUUCAAACGGGAUGCUUCAGCGUUUGCUGUGUGAAUUCUGAGACUGUGGCAAGGGAAGGUGGGGGUGGGUGGAGGGGGCAGGUCUUUGAUCCAUGGCUUUGGGCACGGAAUGAGCUGCCUCAAAUGGGACUGCUAGGUGGGGGAGUUUGUGGUCAAUAGAGCUGAGGUUAAUGCCCCCCCACCCCCACCCCCCUUCAUACCCGGACUUUGCAUCUCAGAGCAUAUAUUGCAUCCUGGCCAGGUCUUGAGCAGAAAACAUGGCUGGGGAUGAGGGGAGAAGGGAGGAGGGGAAAUAGAGUCAGGCAAGUGAGUCAAAAUGUGUGUCAUGUGGUCGAGAUAUUGGAUUGGUAAAAGGAAGGCCUGUAAGCCUUGAUGGACCAUUGCCUCCAGGCUGGCCCAGGCUCAUUCAGCUCAUUGCAAAUUCGAGGCCAUAAAAGGCCAAAUAAUCGGCCAUUUUGAGGGGUCAUAGAGUAACCAGGGAGAUACAUUAGCUUGUACCCACCUGACAUUCCCUAGUGGGUUCAGUUUGGCUUUGUAAUUGGCUGGUUAAGAGGCAGAAAGGCUAGUGUGGCCAUCUCCCCUUGGGAUCCAGCCUGGUACUUUGGUGUAGAGUGGCCUGCACUUGUGCACGACCCACAGAAGUUCUUCACGAGAGAGGUGACCACCUUCUGUGCCCAGGAUUGGUGCUGGGGCUGGGGCUUCACUUGGAUUGGAAAAUCAUCUGAAGUUCAGAGCAGCAUAUGAGCAUCGUGCAUGCUGAAACUCAUUUUCCGAAAAAAGCGAUAUAGCUUAAAAUAACGUGUCUCCCUUUUGUAAUGUUUCCAUGUCAUUUCUGGACCAAAGAUCAUUUAAAUUUUUUUAUAUGAUCAAGAGGCCUUUGAAUUGCUUUUUUUUUUGUGACCACCCCCGCAGUCCCUUGAAGGGGUAGAUUUGGCUUUAGGGUGCUGGAAUUUCAGAAUCAAUGUGGACCGUGGUCAGCUGGCCACUGCAUUUUGAAGAAAGAGCUCGCACUCCCCCUCUUGGAUAUUUUCAAAACAAAGUGGCCCCGGAGGAUAAUUUUCCUUCCCCUUAUCCCUAUCCAUUUCCUGCCUCAAUAGCCAUUCUUUCUUCAUCUUCAGUCACGCUUCCUCAUGGAGGAUACGGGAAGCAGAAACAGGCAGGACUCGGUUUUUUUAAUGGUAUUUGUUAAGCGCUUACUAUGUGUCAAGCAGUGUUCUAAGCGCUGAGGGAGAUUCUAGUUAAUCAGGUUGGACACAAUCCCUGUCCCACAUGGGGCUUGCAGUUUGAGGAGGAGAAAGGUGCAAGAGGACACUGAUGCAAACCCCUUCAGUGGGACUGGUUUGAAAGUGAAUCCGGUGUCCAGGGACGCUGAGGGAAUGAGCCCCCCUGCUGGGCACUCAGCCACUCACUCACGCGUCCUCCCCGCCCCUGGCCCCCCCACCGCCCACUUUGGCGCGGCCAAGGCGUCCAGCUCUCUGCCCAUCACAUCAGCUGGACUAGAAACCCACCCAGGUGUACCGUGCCCUUCCCAAAUGCUUUCCUGAGGCGAGAGCACAGCUGGCCGCAACUGAGAAACAAAGAAAGCAGAAACGUGAGGGCCAUGCCAUUUGCAGUCAACCAGCCACCUGCUGGGAUUGGAAACUCCCUCAAAGUCACCAGCUCCUUCACUGCCUCGAGCCUGGGCUCUUAUGCCAUCUGACAGUUGGCCCCCAUCUUUUCUAGGAUACUAGAGGGGGUCCCGCCUUUACUCCUUAGCCCAGCCACAGCUGGCGGCUGUAGGGACUGCCUGAGAAGAAAUGGGAGGCCUGGGGAGAAACGCCCUGAGAGGAGGUAUAAACCCCUUGUGAGCCCAUCUCAGACUGUUUGGUGUCUGGGCCCCCUUUGCGAUCUUACGUAAGACUAGCGAGCGGGAACUUCACUCAACCUCCCUCCACUGAACCUUCGAGGUGGCUGUGAUGGAUGAAUGAGUGGAUGGAUGAAUGGAAAGAAUUUCAGCUUUAUAGCUUCUCUUCUUCCUCCUCCUUCACAUCUUCCUUUUCCUCUCCUUUUUAGAAACAGACCUGCUGAAAUGUUCCAUUGUCUUUUUUGCCUGAUUUACAGCUGGUCGGUCCAAGUCUGUCCUCCCAAUAGCCAAGCCUGUUAGAGGGGAGCGGGGAGGAGAGAGAUAGUUGCCUCUCACAGAUUGAAGACAUAACUCUUUUGCAGGAAGGUCAGAACUUGAGCAUUUGAGAGGGUGAGGCCCCUGUUUCGAUCCAUCUGUUGGUGAGAAAACCCCCUCGGAUUGCAAGGCAGCUCAGGAGGGUGUGGCUCACGGCAGGCUUGGACUCUGGCUGGACCGCGAACCCUGUCUGACCUCCCAUUUUCCAUCCCCUUUCUCACAGCCCUUCCCGGGGCCCCUGGGCUUCUCUGGGGAGAUGAUGCAGGCGAAUGAUCGGGGCUGAGACUGUUCACUGGCCGGGACCACCCAUGGUGGGGAUGGGACGGGGGCAGGCCUAGGCCAGGGGCCGAGGUGGCGUCCUGCCGAUCCAACUCGCUCGGCUCAGAUCAGCCAAAGUUCAGCCCUGUGACUGCUGCUUCCCUGUGGGAUGCUUCUUGCCUUGGGUCACUCAGGAUGACCGUUCCAGGCCAGAGGAAUGAGGCUGCGGUCCCACUCUGCAGUAGCACCGUGAGCCAUUCGGCAACUCUUCCGUGUUGGACUCUGGGGAGGGCGAGGGAGGCCCAGUCUGGCCACCGGUCUCCGGGGUCGAAACUGUACCUGUUCAAGGGCACCCCCAGGAGAAGCAGUGAAACUAUUUAUUAGUCCGUGUAUUGCUCUGUGUGUGUGUGUGUGUAUGUAUCUGUUUUGAAUCAUUGGUGAUUCAUCUGUAUUUUGAGCAAAUAUCAAGUAACUACUUCACCUUUGGUGCCUUCCAUGUGUCUUAGAAGCACUUGUCACUCGUGCAGAUUGAAAAAAAGUGACAACAUAUUGUUCCAGUGACACUAUUUUUGUAGCGUGGUGGUUGUAGCUUGCCUACUGCUUUCAGUGAUGCCUGCUUAAACAUUCAGUGCUUUCUGGUCUGAGCACGAAGGAGUGUGUGUGAGGAGUUGAUGAGGAAGGCCCACCUCACUCUCUCCGGUUCAGCAGUCGGACUGCUUGAGGAGGUUCCUGGGCAAACGGCUCGGGCCGUUAGAGUCCAUCGGACAUUUGGGGGCAUUUGAGGACCCACCCGGGCAAGUCCCUCCAGCUAAGAAUGGGGCUACCCUUUAGGGGUCAGAUGUCUUGUUCUUCUGUCAGCUUUUUCACUCUCGUUAUUUCCCCCUUCCCCACUGACACCCCCACCACUUGAAAUUCCAUGUUCACCAUUCUUCCGACUUCUCCUUUCCCAGCUCUUUCCAGGUUUCUGGACCAGACGAAACAGAGCUUGACUUUACUUGGACAGCACCGUAGGUUCCGCUUUUAUUUUUCCUUCCUGCAAUGGAGCUGGGCUGUUUUGCCAAGGAAUAACCUUGCUUCCUGUAGGCAGGAAUGUAUCUUGUGUGUGUGUGGUCCUGUCCCGAGCACUUAGUCUAGUGUGCAGGUCCCCCAGUGGGCACUCAAUAAAUACCUUCAUUUCUACUGCUAGUGACUAACAUGUUAAAUGCAGAGGUGGAAGGAAGGCAGAAUGGUCUGGAAUAGCCUGGAACUUUCCAGACAGGGUGCCGUAAAACAGAAAGUGCCCAUGACCCUGUUCCACCUGGAACUGUUUUUACAGCAAAUGUGGUAUUUUUGGUGAGAGUGAGGGGGCGGGGGUUUCGGGGCUGAACUGAACUGCCUGGACCGGGCACUCCACGAUGACCUAGGGGCAAGUCUGCCCCUCACUGGCGUGAGUCAAGAAGCAUACACGGGCCUGGUGUGGCACCGGCCCGAGUCUGGAGCCCGGCUGCAAGGUCCCAGGCGGCCAGUUGACAGCCAGCGGCCUGUCUGUGCCCAUGGUGACCUGCACAGGGCGGGGCUGGAAGUGCCACUCCUGGAUGGGGGUGGGGGUGGUCAGGAAGGCCAGCCUAAACUCUUGCUGCUCCCGUCCUGCCCGAAGGACGGGGUCUCUGUCAUUCAUUCGUUCAAUAGUAUUUAUUGAGCGCUUACUAUGUGCAGAGCACUGUACU